UCAGCCUCUUGCCAUCUGGGAGGGUUUUGUCUGUUGGGUUCGGAUCUGCUAUUGUCUUGCUUUGUUCUGGGGUUUAAAAGCCGUUUUUUAUCAGCAUUAAUUUCGGUGUCUUUUAUGAAUAAUCAAAAGCAGCAAAAGCCAACGCUUACCGGCCAGCGUUUUAAAACUCGUAAAAGAGAUGAAAAGGAGAGAUUUGACCCCUCUCUGUUUCAAGAAAGUAUCGUUCAAGGCUUGAACCAAACUGGCACUGAUUUGGAAGCGGUUGCGAAGUUCCUUGAUGCCUCUGGUGCCAAACUUGACUACCGCCGGUAUGCUGAGACUCUCUUCGACAUCCUGGUGGCUGGUGGAAUGCUGGCCCCAGGAGGAACCUUAUCUGAUGACCUGACCCGUACGGAGUUCUGCCUCUUCACGGCGAGUGAAGACCUGGAGACCAUGCAGGCUUACGCUCAGGUUUUUAACAAGCUGAUCAGGCGUUACAAGUACCUGGAGAAAGGUUUUGAAGAAGAGAUUAAAAAGCUGCUGCUGUUUUUAAAAGGGUUCACAGAGUCCGAGAGGAAUAAAUUGGCCAUGCUUACCGGAAUCCUGCUGGCCAAUGGCAAUAUAUCGGCCUCCAUCCUGAACAGCCUCUACAAUGAGAACUUGGUCAAGGAAGGUGUCUCCGCUGCCUUCGCUGUAAAACUGUUCAAGUCUUGGAUCAACGAGAAAGACAUCAACUCCGUUUCUGCUAGCCUUCGUAAAGUUGGCAUGGACAAUAGGCUGAUGGAGCUGUUCCCUGCCAACAAGCGUAGCUGUGAACACUUCUCGAAAUAUUUCACCGACGCUGGGCUGAAGGAGCUCUCAGACUUUGCACGCAACCAGCAGUCCAUUGGUGCUCGCAAAGAGCUUCAAAAGGAACUGCAGGAGCAGAUGGCUCGCGGUGAGACCCUCAAAGACAUGAUUGCCUAUGUUCGUGAGGAGAUGAAGAAAACGAACAUUUCAGAGCAGACUAUGAUCGGCAUCGUGUGGUCCAGCGUAAUGAGCUCCGUGGAGUGGAAUAAAAAGGAGGAGCUCGUCACAGAGCAAGCCAUCAAACUCUUGAAGCAAUACAGCCCUCUGUUGAAGGCCUUCACUUCCCAGGGCCUGUCCGAGCUCACGCUUCUGUUGAAGAUCCAGGAGUACUGCUACGACAACAUCCACUUCAUGAAGGCCUUCCAGAAGAUCGUGGUGCUUCUUUACAAAGCUGAUGUUUUGAGCGAGGAGGUUAUUUUGAAGUGGUACACAGAAGGCCACGUGGCCAAAGGAAAGAGUGUCUUCCUGGAGCAGAUGAAGAAGUUUGUGGAAUGGCUGAAAAACGCUGAGGAGGAGUCCGAAUCCGAGGAAGAAGAGGCAGACUAAACAUGUCAGCGGAAUGUUUUGUUACAGAAGUGCUCGUCUAAUUCCCCCCUUUUUAUUUUUUCCAGUUCUACCUCCUGUUUUUCAAACCAUAACAUUUAGAUGUCAUUUAAGGGCUUUAUAACAAAUGGUUAAUUUUAACAGGUUUUUCUAAUGAGGUUUACACUUAAGAUAGCACAAAAGUUGUGGUCAACCUUUGUAAUUAUUUACUCGCUCAAGGAACUUUUAAGUGUCGCCAGUCGGAACAUCUUAAAUUAUGAUUCCUUUAAGACUUGACAUUCCAUUGAAUAAGAUCAGGCUGCCUUGUUUGCUUUUAAGAUGCCCUUUUCUAUAUGGUAUUGAUGCCUUCAUGCCCUGUCAUGAGCAGUGUCCGCAAAGGGGAAAACACAGUAAACAUUUCUCAUCGUGAUGUUAUUGCCAAAGGUUCGAGUCUUGCUCUCAUAACAUCAGCGUUCCGUUCCCUGCCUACGAAACUGUACAGUGCUAAAAAAUGACGAUCCUGUAAAGACCCUUAAAUGACUCCUGACCUCUUCUCUGAUGUAUCUCCAACUUAUAUGUCACCAAUUUCUCUAAUCUGAAUUACUGAUUGACUUUUUUUUAAGAAAUAAAGAAUUAGAAGUAUGA